AUGGAAUCGUUUCUCCAGUGGGACCCGGCCCAGGUGCUGUCUUACCUUAAGGGCCAUAUUGGCCAUGAUGUGAGUGCUACGUUUAUUGAUAACAACAUAGAUGGACUGCUUCUUCCGUAUAUCACCAGUGAACAUCUACGUGAAUUGGGCAUUGAGCCGCUUGCAACGAGACUACGUGUAAAGAGAGCCAUUUACGCUCUUAUUUCGGGCACAGCGAAUGGCAAUAGUAGUUCCAGUGGCUCCAUUGCUCCUCCUAGUGGCUCAUCUAAACCUGGAACUCCAGGUAUAACUUCGAAUGCUAAUACGCCAGGAGCAGCUUCUGGCUCUACCAGCUUCAGUUCUACUCCAACAACGUGCAAUUUCGGCCAUGCAGCGCUUGUCAAUAACCAGGUUUCCUUGGAAGCACUAUCGCUCUGCCAGAUUCUCGUGCAAGACAUCUUUAAACGGACGUCUCAGGCAAUGGCGUCAGCGGGGCCACCUGCGCUGACCACUCCAGGUUCAGCAAUUCUGAAUCCGGGCUCGUACCUUGGCCUGGCCUCGGCUCUGGCUUCUUCUGAUGAUAUCCGUAAACUUAACGAGAACUUUAUCAAGCUUAAAGCGGACUUGAACCCGGUGAUACGUUACAUCAAGGACUCAAAACCGCUUCCUACGCCUACGCUAGACCCUGGGGUCGCUGCUCAACUGCCUACGCUGCUGGUGAAUUCAAAGGAUCAUGAAAACGGCGCCAACACGUCAAAUCCUGGUACGGUGGGGCCUAACCAUGGGGAAUCUCUUACUCCAGAUAUUAUUGCCCCUCCUCAUGCUCCAGGCGAAGGUAUAACGCAUUCUACAUCAACCAAUUCGGUAAAUUCACACCUUCACGAUUCUGUCUAUGGCCAAAACCCUACCAGUCCUACUCAAUCAAGACGUCUUUCGUCAGGAUCUAUUCUUUCCAUGGGAGUGGGCAAAAUCACCGAUCUUGGAAAACUGUCGCUGUCGCAUCGUCUUUUCAGCAAACCACGUUUGGUUGAUUCUCGUCUGGCCGCUGGAAGCCCCGCCGACGAAAGACCGCUGCCUCGAGACCUUGACGAACUCAAACGCAACGAAUCUGUACUCAAAUCCAGAAGAAGCUCCUCGUCAGUCCUCAGCCCCACUAACCAUUAUUUCCACGGCAACGGCCCCACGCAGUCAGCUAAUCACUCCAAAACUCUGCAGCUCAGUCUGCUGAACUUGCUGACAUCGGCCCAAGCGCAUGGAACACAGCCCCUCAAGCAGCUCAAGGCGUCUUCAGACGAUACAUGUCUAAAAGUACUCCAGCAGGCGAUGAAGAGGCACCACAUUCCGAGAAACCACUGGAGCAAGUACGUGUUGGUGAUCUGCUACGGCGACAAGGAGAGAAUCCUAAAGCUUACUGAGAAACCGGUCAUCGUCUUUAAAGAACUCCAGGAACACGGCAAGAACCCUGCCAUUAUGCUUAGAGAAUUGGCCCCUGCAGCGCCCGACGGAAGCGACAAGUACCAGGACUCGCGCAUUGGAGACGAUAUCCCAGGAGGAACCCUCUAG